AAUUUGCCAAUAAAAUUUGGGAAUAAAUUUUAUCAAAUUUCUUCUUCAUCGACAUAAAUUACGAGGAGCAGAAGAAUAUCAGCCACUACCCCAAACACCAAUACCAACACAAAUCCUCAUCAUAUGAACAGAGAUAUCCUUAGCACUCACUUAACAUCUCUUGUCCCCCCCUGUGCAAAAGUAACUAAAGAGGAGAGGUAAAAUAACACAACACGUGUAUACGAAGACGACGACCGACCACAUUGUCAUUGAUGUUCGGCUUCAUCGAUGUGUCAAUCAAGUCUAAGACCAGAAGAUAAAUCACUUUCAUUUAGUGUUCGAAGCUAAAAAUUUAUACAAUUUGGGGUAGCACCAAACAAAUACGGACACACACACAGAACCCCCAACAAAAAAAUUUGGCCUAAAACGCACGAAAGAGAGAAAACCCCGAAACAGCUGCCAAUCCUUAUUGCAUUAUUUCCUGUUCCAGCCACACGCACACACAUAAACACAUCGCUAACUUUUCUAUUGAAUCUUGAGCCCCUCUUCGAGUAUAGCAACAACAACAGCAACAUUGAAAGCCUUGCCUUGAUUAUUUCUUGUAUUCCGCUGACAUUUGUGAUUUUGCGUACAUGUCAUGAUUCGUCAUGUGGACGUAUAUGAUGGCAGCUGCCCGCGGCGAUCGGGCCAACUCUAUGAUGGCGUCCAGGCGUCGCAAUGAAACUGAAUCACCUAAAUAUGGUUAUAACCUCUCCCGUCCCAUGUACCGUUCCAUACGUCACAAUAAUGGACCAUCAACGCAAUGCCAUACCACCUCAUUGGGUGGCUCAUAUCCUUACACCACGUCAACGAGUCAUUAUGGUUCGACAGUGUCUUCGUCGUCGGCAUCAACGACGGCAGCCCUGCACCACCAUCCCCACCAACAGCAGCAAAAACUACUGCAUCAACAUGAAACGGGUCAACAUCACAUUAUUGGCAUUGAGGACGAUGUUUAUACUAAUCCGGUUAGUAAUGUCUCAACAUCGCCCUAUGCCGACGACAUGGAAGAGAGCACCAGCCUCUUCUCACCGCUUGCACCGAGCAGUACAACAACGAUGCCAAUCGACACGGCAGUCCUUAUAGCCCGAAAACAUCGCCUGAUGUCUUCCUCCUCGAAUUCCUCGCAAAAUCAACUGCAUUCCUUGGCGACGGUGGCGGGAACGACGACGACAUCUUCGUCGAUGAGGCCCCUUGGCGAAAUGAUGAUGGAUGACUUGAUGGACGUGGAAUCGAGGCAACACAGCUCCUAUAUUGGCAGCCAGGCUGCCGUGGUGCGAUUACCCAACUCAUCGGCAUCACGUAAACUAUCGGCCCCAUACUACAAUGAGAGUGAUGAGGACGAUGACGACGAUGGUGACUAUGCCCAAAUUGUAAGAUGUUCAUCGGGUGAUUCGGCAACGGCCAUGACAGCCACUACCAUAGGUAGUCGUCAGCCACAAACCAGGCUAAUUGAUCCCCAGCACCAAUCCCAUCACCAUCAUCAUCAGCGGAGUAUACGAAAGCAGUCGCGGGGUGGGAGGAUGAGGAGAAGUAGUAGUGGUCAUUUUGAUGAUGGUGUUAAUGACACACGGAAUGCCACUGCCGAUGAUUUGGGCGAUGCUGACAGCGAGGACGAAGAUGUAUACGACGAUGCCGAUGAAGACAACGAUGAUGUCAGUAUUGGCAAUGAGAUUAACAAGGAUCGAAAAAGAGCCAAUUACUUGGAAAAUGGCAAACGCCUGUCACAGGACCAAACAAAACAUUCCAAACCCUCAACACUGCGUCGCACCCUAAAUGCCCUGCGUCAACGUCUAACGAAACGGAAUCGCGCCAAACCGCCCGAUUGGUUUGUGGAACGUUUCUCCAACAACACCAAUGCCGAUAAAAUCGGCAAGAACCCAGCCUCAACACAGGUCAGUACGACCAAUGAAAGUACCUCAGCCGAGGCGGAUUCGGGUCCGGCAUGUGAGAUACGUGGCUCAAGUAGACUGUGUAAUCGUCUAUCUGUCAAUCCAUCAUUGCAGUCACAUUAUAGGUGGCUGGCAGUGGUGUCCCUAGCUGUGUUAUAUAAUAUCAUCUUUGUGGUGGGCCGUGCCGUUUUUUGGGAAAUUAAUCAGCGCGCCACACCAGUUUGGUAUUUCCUUGACUAUUUAUGUGAUUUCAUAUAUCUGAUGGACACGUUGGUGCAUAUGCAUGAAGGUUAUCUGGACCAAGGUCUGCUGGUGCGCGAUGCCUACAAGCUGAGACGCCACUAUUUCUCCAACAAAGGUUGGUACAUCGAUGUCCUGUCCAUGCUGCCCACCGACAUCUCCUACAUCUGGUGGUCCCCAAGCAAAUGUGGUCCCACCCUGCUGCCCUGUUCUGUGAUCGUCCGCCUCAAUCGCCUGCUACGGCUGCCCCGCAUGUGGGAGUGGUUCGAUCGCACCGAAACUGCCACCAGCUAUCCGAAUGCCUUUCGCAUCUGCAAAGUCGUCCUGGCCAUUUUGGUCCUCAUCCAUUGGAAUGCGUGCAUGUAUUUUGUCAUUAGCUAUGCGCUGGGCUUUGGCACUGACAAUUGGGUGUACAAUUUGCAUGGCGAACGAAAUAGUACGCUACAGCGCCAGUACAUUUACAGCUUCUACUGGUCAACACUGACACUAACAACGAUUGGCGAGACUCCAACGCCGGAAAACGAUGCUGAAUAUUUGUUUGUGGUCGCCGACUUUUUGGCUGGUGUUUUGAUAUUUGCCACCAUUGUGGGUAACAUCGGUUCCAUGAUCUCCAACAUGAAUGUGGCCCGUGUAGAGUUUCAAAAUCGCAUGGAUGGCGUUAAACAAUACAUGGCCUUUCGUAAGGUGGGCCAUGAACUGGAGGCCCGCGUCAUUCGAUGGUUUGCCUACACCUGGUCGCAGAGUGGCGCCCUGGAUGAGGAACGGGUUCUGGCUGCACUGCCCGACAAACUAAAGGCGGAAAUCGCCAUUCAAGUGCACAUGGAUACGCUGAGACAAGUGCGUAUCUUCCAUGACACCGAGCCGGGCUUGCUGGAGGCAUUGGUGUUGAAACUCAAGCUGCAAGUCUUUAGUCCUGGUGAUUACAUCUGUCGCAAGGGGGAUGUCGGCAAAGAAAUGUACAUAGUCAAGCGUGGCAAAUUGUCGGUGGUGGCCGAUGAUGGGGUAACGGUGUUUGCCACCCUCGGUGCUGGUUCGGUAUUCGGUGAGGUGUCUGUCCUGGAGAUUGCUGGCAAUCGUACGGGUAAUAGACGCACAGCCAAUGUUCGUUCCUUGGGCUAUUCGGAUUUAUUCUGUUUGGCCAAACGUGAUUUGUGGGAGACGCUGGCCGAUUAUCCGGAAGCAAGGGCCACCCUAACGGAGAGAGGAUGCCAGUUGUUGCGCAAAGAUGGUUUGCUGGAUGAACAAGUGUUUGCGGAUUCCCAGCGUGUCCAUGACACCAUCGAGAGUGGCAUUGAAAAACUGGAACUUUCUGUGGAAAAUCUCAAUAUGCGUCUGGCACGUCUGCUGGCCGAGUAUACGGCCAGCCAGGCCAAGAUGAAACAGCGUUUGGCCAAACUGGAACUGAAUUACCAAUUAACACAAAACAGUGCACUCACGGAACAGCAUGCCCGACCACCACGCAGUGGCCGUUUGUAUUCACUGCAACCCAAAAAACGUCCAAGGCCAAGACCAAUAACCGCUUCCAAGUCCAUCGAAAAUAAUAAACAGAACACAUUGUAAAAUUGAUUUUGGCCGGAAAAUGCUGGCAGCGAUUUUCCACAGUUGGUGACGAUGGUUUCAAAGAAAUCUAAAGUUUUAUAUUUUCCCCUUUGUCGCAGAAUGUCAAACAUUGUGUGGUCGUGCGGAGGAAUACCUAAACAUUUUCGUUUUUUUUCAGUUGAAAUGGAGCAAAAAAAUGUGAAUGCCAAGGAAACAAUUAAAUGUUGGUUCAAUUUUUUUAAGAGGAAUUGAAAAUCAGAUUUAAAUCCUAUUAAGAAUUGUUUUGAAUUUUAUUUAAAAACAUUGCAAAUGUAUUUUCUUCUCCUCAUCAUACCUAGAAAUUUGCCAAUAAAAUACCAUUAUUUUUAUUUUUCUUUUCUCCCAAAUAAAUGUGAAUGUUAACAUUA